ACACUUGUGUGGAAUAUAAGGACUUUGCCAGAUCUCUUAUUUAUUCCCCCAAACCCCAACCCAGCCAGUGUUAACCAAUCAUCACUGUCUUCCAUUCUUCAAUUCUCCCUCUUCCGUUCCCAUGGCUAUGGCUAAAACCUUGCCCAUUCAUGAUCUCACUCACCUCUCCGAUUUCGAUGCCUUACUCUCCGCAGACGAUUACAUCUCCAUUUGCGGUUAUGGUUCUCUUCUCUCAGAGAGAAGUGCCAGAAGCACUUUUCCCAACCUCGUUAACUUUCGAAUCGCCCGCUUAACCGGAUUCCGUCGUCUCUUCAACGCCGUUGGAGCCCUCUUUUUCACUCACGGUGUUGCCAAUAUCAAAACUGAGGAAAUUGCCGGGCUAUCUGUUGAACCAUGUGAAGGUGAAACAAUUAUUUUAGUUGUUUUUGAGAUAAAGAAAACAGAGAUUCCAGCAUUCAUCGAAAGGGAACGCGAAUAUCGGUUUUUAGCUGUUGUUCCUCAAUCACUAGAUGGAAAGCCCUUUACCAAUCCUGCAGUUCUCUGUGCUUCUUACAGUGAUGAGGAGUUCUUUAAAUUUAAAUGCACUGAGGGCAAGGAAAAAUAUUUUGAACGGUAUGGAAAGUAUAAGAUCCAUAAGAUCUGGCGGGAUGAUGUUUUGCCAUGCCGUGUUUAUCUUCGUCACUGUGCCCUUGGUGCGAAAAGCCUUGGUGAAGAAGUGUACAAUAACUUUCUGGAUCAUACCUUCCUUGGUGAUCGUAAAACAACCAUACGUCAGUACUUUGAAAAGGUGGGUUCAAAGAUAAUGGAAGAAGAGCCACCUCAGUCUUUGAAAACCCGUUAUGGCGGUUGAUUUUUUAGAUCAAAGGGUGAAGAUAUAUUAAUAAAUUGAUAAGGGAGCAGAUUUUUAGAAUAAUAUUUCUAUAUUGUGAAUUUAAGCUGCUACCAGUCUCCUGUUAAACAAAUAUUUAUACAAAAAUGUUUCACUGCAUUAGUUUUACAAUACCUCCUGUUAUAUCUCUUGUAAUACCAAACUUUGUAUAUAAUAAACGGUAGACUUUACUUGU